UUCAUCGGGUUCGUUAUUUUGUAUAUUUCGCUCUAUUUUCGUUUUUACUUUUUCCAAUGUUAUGUUUUGCGUUGUUAUCGUUUUUACCUGUGUACGGUUUGUAACAAACAAGAUAUUGUAUGAGGAGCUGUGAGUAUGACUUAGUUUUAUCGAAUAUUCAUGACUGUAAAUCCUAAUGGAGAAGAUUCCAAUCACAUCGCAGCCAGGAAGCGAAGCACUUCCAUCAGGAUUAAAAGACCUAGAAUCACUUGAGGAAAUCACCGUCCAUCAACACUUGGAGGCUGGGGACAUGUGUUUCCAAAGACCAAGUCGAUACAGUGUGUAUGGGAAAGAAGAUGAUUCUAUUCUAUAUGCCCAAGAAGUUUCAGAAUGUUAUGCACGGCAGUGUUUAGGAGCAAUGAGAGCCUUUGUUCUGAAGUUCAGCAAUCAGGAGGGUCAGGACCUUAUUCGGCUGCGGCGUCCCCUGCGAUGUCCUUGCGGUGUUUGCUGGUGGUGGUGCUGCUGUGUGCAGGAACUCAGUAUAGAGAGUCCGCCCGGGCAGGAGAUCGGGGUCAUCAUGGAGGAACGUUGCUGUUGCCCUGUGUACAAAAUCAUAGAUGAAAACGAAUCUGUGGUCUUCAAAAUUGGGUUCUCCUGCUGUUUGUGCAAGCUUUGCUCGGAUGUUGUCAUUCCUAUCUAUGAUGGGAGAGGGGAACAACUGCUGGCAGAAAUCAAGAAAUCCUCAGCCGGUGACUGGGGUGAUUACUGUGGAUCUCGCAAUGAUUUUAUCAUAUCAUAUCUUCAGCCGCUGAGGGUACAAGACAAAAUUCUUCUCCUGGGUGCCUCGUUUUUAAUCGACUUCAACUUCUUUGAAAAACAGCAGCGUUCUUGCUGCUAGCUCUACUUGGCAUUUUGUGUCUGUAUUUCAUGUUAUUAAGCUCUAAGGUAAUCUUUUAUUUCAAAAAGAGAAGGUCCUCUUGUUUUAAUUAAAAUACAAUUAAUUUUCAGUUUAGUUUUAUCGGACAAGAUCAAGGUCCUAGUCUUGUUAUUAUAUAUGGUUUUUUUCACAUAUGAUUAAAAAAGAAGUCAUCAUAUUAUAUAUUUAUAUAUUUUGUUUAUAAAUUUUCUAUAUAUUGAUUUUAUACUGAUUUGAUAUUCACAUGUAUUUUUCUGUUACUUAUUAUUAUACACCUUCUAUGUUUUCAAUAUAGUUGAUUAAUUUUACUUUUAUUAAAGAAAUAUUCGGAUAC